AUGGUGCCGUACAGCCUCAAUGGGGGCAGACCGCAGAGAGUAUGGUUUGAUCGGGUGGCCAUGGCCUAUGAUGCGCCCGAGGACGAAGCCGGCCUCAAGAGGUCCGUGGAGUUAGUUGACAAAGAAAUUGACAAGCUGAAAGCCCUUGGCCUUCCUUCGUCGAAGAUAGGUGUGGCGGGGAUGUCCAUGGGCGGCUGCUUGGCGCUGCACGUGGGCUACGGAAUGGGUCGCCAUGCUGGGACGUUGGGCCUGGUGGCCAGCUUGAGCACUUUCCUUCCGAAGGACAGUUGUCUAGAUGCACUCGUUGCAAGAUCACUGUCUGCACCACUGUUCAUGGCGCACGGUCGGGAUGACUGCAUGAUCCAGCUGCCAUGGGCAGAAGCGACGUACAAGCGGCUCCAGUCUGCUGGCAUUGCAGCGAAGGAAUUGCUGAUCUUCCCGGGAGUGCAGCACGAGCUCUGUGCAGAGGAGGUGAAGCAAUUGCAGGACUUUGUGCUGCAGAAUCUGAGCGGAGCAAAGUAG